AUGCACGCCGUCGUCAUCGUGAUGCUGCUGGUGGCCCUUUCUGAGCCGGUCCAUGGGGAAGCUGUCGUCGGGCGGGUCAAACGCCAAAGCCCGUGGCUUAAUCGAUCGCCGACCACCUUCAAAGGCCGGUACGUCGCCGCGCGCAAUCCUCAUCCGGCUCGGGGAACUGGCAGCAGCCUGCUCACGAACAACGUAGCACCGUACGAAGGUCCGGUGCGGCCGGCCAAAGAGUCCAGCACCAGCCGGAAGCCAGCGGAGGAGGAGGCCAGUGUAGUGCCGCCGGUGGUGAGCAGAUCGAGGGCCUUCUACAGCUGCAUGUCCGGCUGUCUGACGCUAUCGCAGUACAAUCCGGUGUGCGGAAGUGACCAAACCACCUACCACAACGAGUACAAACUGGAGUGCGCCAACCGGUGCGGGGCCAGCCCGAGAGUAUCGAUCAAGAAAUUGGGUAUUUGUUGA